CUGACGAGCAGAAGUACUACUAGCGUCUAGCGCUACGCUACAGUAUGCGGACGUCUGAACUUGAAGGGGGAGCAGAGUAAAGCACGGGACCGAACCGAGGAGACCACGCCUCCUCCUCCUCCGUCUCUCCCACGGCAACGAUCCAGCGACGCCCGGCAAGCAACCAGCGGCCGAGGCGGCGGGGGUCUCGGGUCUCUUCGGGGAAGACCACCACGCCGCGGCGGCGAUCCACCGGGGUGGCGGGGCGGAGAUGUCGGACGCGCUGAUCAACGGCCUCGCCGGCGCCGGUGGCGGGAUCGUCGCCCAGCUCCUCACCUACCCCCUCCAGACUGUGAACGCGCGGCAGCAGACGGAGCGGGACCCCUCCAAACCGGCGUUCAAGGACGGCGCCGUCCGCCAGAUGUGCCUGGUGGUGCAAAACGAGGGGUGGGAGCGGCUCUACGGCGGCCUGGCGCCCUCGCUCGUCGGCACCGCGGCGUCUCAGGGUGUCUACUACUUCUUCUACCAAAUAUUCCGGAGCAGGGCGGAGGCAGCAUCCCUUCGGCGGUCCAUUAGAGGAAUUGGGGACGGGUCUGUCGGGAUGUUCCAAUCACUCACUGUCGCUGCACUUUCUGGAUGCGUCAAUGUACUUCUAACGAACCCAAUUUGGGUUGUUGUCACACGAAUGCAAACUCACAGAAAGGCAAACAAACAGCAAGGCCCUCAGGAUCAGGGUUUGACAUCUGCUCUUGAUAAGGCCCUACAACCUGCCCCAGUGGAAAACGUCCCUCAUAAAACUAUCAGUGUUAUUCAGGAUCUUUACAAGGAAGCUGGAGUGUUUGGCUUCUGGAAAGGGGUUAUUCCAGCUCUCAUUAUGGUCAGCAAUCCCGCAAUUCAGUUCAUGCUGUACGAGACUCUUCUUAAGAAGCUGAAGAAGAGACGUGCCUCUAAUUUUAAGGGGGCUCAGGGACUGACUGCUCUUGAAGUUUUUCUUCUCGGAGCUGUUGCAAAACUGGGUGCAACUCUUGUUACAUAUCCUCUUCUAGUUGUGAAGGCAAGACUUCAGUCGAAGCAAAUGAUCGACGAUGACAAGAGGCAUCGCUACAAAGGCACGUUUGAUGCAAUCACAAAAAUGAUGCAUUAUGAAGGCCUGUCAGGGCUUUAUAAAGGAAUGGGCACAAAAAUUGUACAGAGUGUUUUUGCUUCUGCUCUCCUUUUUAUGAUCAAGGAGGAGCUGGUGAAAGGUGCUCGAUUCUUGGUAACCGGUGACACCAGCCUGGUAAAGAAGUUGCCUUCAAAGCCCUCAAGAUGAUCAAGGUCUGUGCAGAAGGGUUAGUUGCUGAUUAUAUCAUAAAUUGCGAACAGAGUCGGCAAAAAGAGCUCGCCUCUGAGGUACCAAGUUACAGAUGGUAGACAUAAUGGGGAUGUACACUUUGAGAUUAUACGGUGACCACUAUGAUUCUUGUAGGUACUGGGAAAAAUUAUACAUUUGGAUAGGAUAUUUGAGCCAUUCGUGUAAUGUAAAAUAUAUUCAGGAAUGUUGAAAGAUAAAAAAUAAGUUGGUAGUGAGAA